AUGACACAUCCCUGGCCUUUUUAUGUCCGCGCAGUGGUGGAAGCAGUGAGAGAGGAGUUGGCGGGACAUUACGAGGAGGUGCAUGAGCUACGCCGUAUGCUGCUUGCUGUGGAGGAGAGGAACCAGGCGACUGCUGCUGCGAUGGAGGAGAGGGAGAGAGAGCUGGCUGCACACAAGGAGGAGGUGGAUAGUUUGCGGCACAAGGUGACUGCUGUGGAGGAGAGGAACGAGGCGACUGCUGCUGUGAUGAAGGAGAGGGAGAGAGAGUUGGCUGCGGUGAGGCGGGAGUUGGGUGAGCAAAGGGAGUCAACUAGAUUGCAGUUGGAGGAGGCUGAAAGGAGACGAGUGGCGGAGAUGAGGGAGUUGAGAGGGCAGGUCGAGGAGAGGGAGAAGCUGGCAGCAGUGAAGAGUGAGGUAACUGCAGUGAAGGGGGAGGAGACUGCACAGGAAAAACGGCGUUCUCAUGAAGAUGGAUGUUGA